AUGGAUUCUACAGAAUAUUAUUUAGAAUUCGCCAUAAAAUUAGCCAAGCAGUGUGGGCAAAUAAUUCUUGAUGCAUCAAAUGCAAGACAUUCUACAAAUCAUAAAGUUCUCUCGAAAUAUGGCAAUGUAACAGACUUAGUAACCGAAACAGAUCAACUGGUAGAAGAAUUGAUUAAAUCAAAGUUGAAAGAAAGUUUUCCAGAGCAUAAGUUUAUUGGUGAAGAGACCAAAGCUGCUGGGUAUGAAUAUGAAUUCACAGAUGACCCAACAUGGAUUGUUGAUCCGAUAGAUGGAACAACAAAUUUUGUUCAUGGAUUUCCAUUCGUGGCAGUCUCUAUCGGAUUAACAAUAAAUAAAGAAUCUGUUGUUGGCGUAGUGUUUAAUCCGAUCCUUAAUGAAUUAUAUUCAGCUCGAAAAGGUCAUGGUGCAUUUCUGAAUCAAACGACUAGACUUCCGCUCUCAUAUCCAAAUCCUCCUAUUCAGCUACCAUCAUCUCUUUCUCAGUGUUUGGUGAUUACAGAAUAUGGCAGUGAUCGAUCCGACAUAACCAUUAGCAAAAAAGUCAAUUCUGUUCAUAAUUUGUUGCGAAAGCCUGGUGUUGUUUCUUGGUCAUCCAAAAAAGCUGGUUUAGUUAGGGGUGUUAGGAGUAUUGGUAGUGCUGCUUUGAAUGUUUGCCAAAUUGCUCAGGGGAAUGGUGACAUUUUUUUUGAAUUUGGAUGUUGGGAAUG